GGUGAAGAAGAAAAAAUUUAUGCAUUAGGCUCUUUGUUGGAUGAAAAAACUAAUGAACUACUGGAUCAGUUUGCCUGUGAUAUAAAAGAGAAAUGGAAUUCUGAAAGUGAGCUGACUGGACCAUCUCCUGAAUUCUCACUGGGCAGAAUCCUUGACAAAAACCAGAGGGCUAUUUUGCAUAGUGCUAUUCGGCAGAAGUUCCCUUUUUUAAUAACUGUAGGAAAAAACAGUGAAAUUGUUGUAAAACCAAAUCUUGAGUAUAAAGAACUCUGUCACUUGGUAUCUGAAGAAGAAGCAUCUGACUUUUUUAAAUACUUGGAUGCAAAGAAAGAAAAUUCCAAAUUUACCUUUAAACCUGAUACAAACAAAGACCACAGAAAAGCUGUUCACCAUUUUGUCAACAAAAAGUUUGGAAAUCUUGUGGAAACCAAAUCUUUUCCUGAAGCUAAUUACAAUGUUGGUAAUCCAAAUACAGUGAUAACGGUAAGAUUUCGUGAAAAAGCACACAAGCACAGGAAAAGGUCUGCUGAAUCCCAGGAAAGAAAAGUUAUAUACACAGCCUUUACCCUAAGAAAAGAAAAUCUAGAAAUGUUUGAAGCAAUUGGUUUUUUAGCUGUCAUACUUGGUGUGAUUCCUUCAGAUUUUAGUUACGCAGGCCUUAAAGACAAGAAAGCCAUCACCUAUCAAGCAAUGGUUGUUAGAAAAGUGACUCCAGAGAGGUUGAAAGAUAUUGAAAAUGAAAUUAAAAAGAAAAGAAUGAAUGUGUUUAAUAUUCGGUCUGUAGAUGAUUCCCUUAGACUUGGUCAGCUCAAAGGAAAUCACUUUGAUAUUGUCAUCAGAAAUUUAAAAAAACAAAUAAAUGAUUCUGCAAACCUGAGAGAGAGAAUUUUGGAGGCAAUAGAAAAUGUUAAGUUUCUGGCUCACAGGUUCCCAAACCCUUGGAAUUUCCUAAGUGUUGAGAGUGAUCAAAUUGGAUUGGCUUUCCUGAAGAGCGAAAUGGUAAAGGCUGUAAAAUUAUUUCUUACACCAGAAGAUUUGGAUGAUCCUGUAAAUAGAGCAAAGAAAUAUUUUCUUCAAACUGAGGAUGCUAAAGGCACACUUUCAUUGAUGCCAGAAUUCAAAGUUCGAGAGAGAGCGUUGUUGGAGUCACUGCAUCGCUUUAGCAUGACCGAGGAGGGUUGUAUCCAGGCCUGGUUCUCCUUUCCUCAUUCUAUGCGCAUUUUCUACAUUCAUGCAUAUAGCAGCAAAAUUUGGAAUGAGGCCGUAUCUUACAGACUUGCAACCUAUGGAUCAAGAGUGGUGGAGGGUGAUUUGGUCUGUUUGGAUGAAGAUGGUGAUGAUGAGCAAUUCCCAAAUAAUAAAGUAAGUGUCAUUUCAUCAGGAUUUCCGAAGAGUAGUUGUUACCUUAGCAGGGACACUACGUUUCUGAAGCCUUUAUUUUAG